UCUAGGGUUUUCAUGCAUUGAUAUGGAGUUUGUUUGCUGCAACAAUAAUUCUGUUGAAAGUCUUCAAAGUUUUCACACGAAUGCUAUAAACUUCAUAGCACUCUACAAAACAGUUGUCGAUGCCUAUGUUUCUAAUUUUUUUGUUGAAGACCAUUGGAAGAAACUACCAAGUUCAUGGAAAGAUAUCUUGUGUUGUAUGGAAACAGAUGAAUUGUCAGAUCUUUUAUCAGUUACUUCUAAGCAUUGCAGAAAAGUAUUACCUCUCAGCCUUCUUAGCUUCAAAUCCUGUACACAAGCAUACUCAUUAGGUCGCUCACCUGUCAAUCUAGACAAAAUAAAGCAAACAUUCAAAGAUAAUGGUAGAUGUGAUGUCAUGGAAUCAGGUCAGAAUAUUCCAGUACCAGUUCAGUUGGAGGUACCAGAUUCUAUGAAGUCUAAACACAGUGUCCAGGAUGGACAGUAUCUCCAAAUGAAUCAAUGUUUUCGUAAACAUAUCAAACCAAAGAAACAACAUGAAAUUCUCCAGCUGGGAAAGCUGAUUUCUCUUCUAAGUCAAGCAUCUGGUAGUAAACAUGUUGUAGAUGUUGGAGCAGGUCAAGGUCACCUGUCACGAAUAUUGACCUUUGGUCACAGUCUGAAGGUCACAACAGUAGAAGCAUCAGGAUGUCAUGCUUCAAAGGCUGCAAAAUUUGACAAGGAUAUGUCUUAUACUAUUAGGUCUCAUUUAAAGAGAAAGUUGAAAGAAAGCAAGACGAUAGACACUACUGAUGAAAGAUGUGCUGUUGACAACAUUUCUCUACCUAAUCAUGUGACUUGUAUGAUCCAACCAAAUACCACACCAGGCGAUUUCCUUCAAGUCAUCAACUCUGAGACCAGUAUUUCAAAUGAUGAUAAUCUGUGUCAGUGCCCAAAUCAUGGCCCAGAUGAUUCUCUUUUCCGACAGCAAACAUGUAUAAAAUGUAAUAAGAAAAGAGAGAUUUCACAUUUGGACAAAAGGUUGCUAUUGACAGGGUUACAUGCCUGUGGAGACUUAACUCCUACUAUCUUAAGAGUAUAUGCCAGAUGUGAUGAUAUCCGAGGAGUGGCAUCAGUUGGAUGUUGUUAUAUGAAAAUGUCCACAAAAGAAAGUGCCAGUGAAGAUGUAGGUUAUCCUAUGAGCAUAUUUGUAUCAGAAUUACCAGAUCAUCAGCUGACCUAUGAAGCAAGAGAAAUGGCCUGUCAUUCUUUAGAUGUCUACAGACAGAGGUUGUUAGAUAAUCCACCUAAUUUAAAGUUGCACUGUUAUAGAGCUUUGCUUCAGGAACUAGUUCUUCAUAAAAGACCUGACUUUGUGUUUGGUGCUACUAAGCUUACCAUAAAGAAAGCAGAACAAAUAGGAUUUGAAAGAUAUGCCAAAAUUGCAUUAGAUAAGCUUGGAUUAGACAGUGAAAUUGAUUCAGACAUAUUAAAAACACUGCUUUGUAAAUUAUCAAACUGGAAAGAUGUGGUAGCUUUUUAUACAAUUAGAUUGGCUCUAGCACCUGUGGUAGAAACUGUUAUUCUGUUGGAUAGGAUGUUUUACCUCAAAGAACAAGGUAUUUCUAGCUAUUUGAUUCCAGUAUUUGAUCCAAGUCUUUCACCAAGGAAUUUCGCAUUGGUAGCUUACAAGUGACAUAUACAUUUUAUAUGAUAAAAGUAAAAAUGUAACGAGAAAGACAGGAUUCUUUGGAUAUUAUUUAUAAUAAAAGAUAAGAUUUUAGGAAA